AUGUCAACUCUUCAUAAGAAGCAGUCUGCCAUUCUUGGCACUAGGACGCCUCGCGUUGUUCCGGAGUCGCCUACUUCCAAAUCCGACCAAGGUGGAGGUGGAGGUGGAGGUGUGCGCCUUGAUGUAGGCCUUGACAACCUCACUCUUGACUCUCCCAAGUCGUCCAUCCACCAGAAGAGCCCUGUCCGUAACGGUCACGAUUCACCCCUUUUCACGCAGAAGCAUUCCAACCUUGAUGAGCAGAAUGAUGUUCGCUUCCAGCUUGGCAAGGUCUCCGACGAUGGAGAUGUAUUUGAAUCUCCUCCUCGCCCCAGCGCUCAGGUCUCGGCCACGGCCCCUAUGAACAUGCUCGGCUCAACCAUGCAGGGUGUCAUUCCCACUAUGCAGCCGGUUCCCAUGUUGCGCGCCCGCGCUUCUGAUCUGGGCAACAGAGCCCAAGUCGCUGGCGUUGAUGCCCAGGCCUUCUACCCCGCGACGGCAUGUGUGUUCGUUGCCAACCUUCCUGAAUUCGUCCGAGACGCACGUCUUGAGGUGGAAUUGACCCGAGCUUUCAGCAAGUACGGUAUCGUUUUCGUGAAGAUCCGUCGCGAUCAACGAAACAUGCCGUUUGCAUUCUGCCAGUAUACUAAAGAUGAGGAUGCUCACAAUGCGGUGACUCAGGGUCGUGGAAUCCUGAUCGAGGGCCGCCCUUGCCGCACCGAGAUGGUGAAGGCGAACCGUAGCUUUGUCAUCUACAAUGCUCUUGGUGACGAAGUCACUCUUGAUGAGGCUCGUAUUCAUCUAAGCGGUUUUGGCCCUCUCAGCAAGUGCGAGGAACUCCACCCUCAGAUACAGGAAGCUAUGCGAAUCAAGGGUGGCAUUUUGGUUGAGUUCACCAACUUUGAUCCCAGCAGAGAUGUUAUUUCUGCAUAUCGUCAUCAUCCUUUGUACCGCGUCAUCGCCUAUGAUCUCAAGAAAUCCGUGCAGGCUCCCAAGAUCGAUCCUGAUGAAGCUUGGCUCCAGCGAUAUGAGAUCGACCGACGCUCUAUCUAUGUUGGCAACCUUCCGAUAGAUGAUUUUGAUGUCGAAAUGCUUCUUACCAAAUUGGCUGGUGAGGUGGGCGACGUCCAGAAAGUGCAAAUCGUCCAGAAGGAUGGCCGAACUAGCCGUCAGGCUCCUAUCGCCUUUGGUUUCGUUGAGUUUGCCCGCCCCGACAUGGUGGAUCUUGCCGUAAAGCACUUGAAUGGAAGGGUUAUGCGUGGAUGUGUGCUUCGCGUAGAGCGUAAAGCUAGCCGAGAGCCUCAGGGUAUUCGUCACAUGCAGUCUCGAACCAUGCUCUCCAGUGCCGUCAACACCCCUGUUCGUAGCGAGCACGCUGAAGGCCAGAAGCAGACUAUGGCUAAUCUGCCCUCCGAACCCGCGACCCCGUCGCACAUUGCCGCGGUAGAUGCCGCCGCACCUUCUUCUGCACCCUCUUCUCAGGUGCCCCAAGGCAGUGCCUAUGGCGCAGCGCCCAUCGCAGAUCAGAACUAUUCAACCCCGUCAUCCUAUGGCGGAACUUCGUACCAGGCGAACCCCCAGGCCGGCACUGAGACUUUUCCGGCAACUCCGCAAGCCACUCCGGGAAUGCUGAGCCCCUUGGCUUCGUACUAUCACACACCUUACUCUUGGAUGACUCCCUAUCUCCAGGACCCCAACUUCGCAGCCAUGUAUUACGGCGGCGGAUACUCUCCCUCUCCCAUGGGAGCUGCCCAGGGUGCUCCUGGUGCUGAUCAGGACGAUGAUGGUGGUGAAGAUGCCGCCACUCCCACCAAGCACAGCUCUGGAACUGUGCAACGACUUGGUAUCACCCGAACACGAUCUGAGAACUCUUGA